AUGUGGCAUCAACUAUGCACCAAUUGUCUGGGGCAACACACAAAUGAACCAUGCAAAUCAGGCAAUAGCAGGCAAUGCAAUCAACCUCACCACACACGCCUACAUGAUGCCCUACAACCACCAACUGUGCACGACGUUAUAUCUACAACAGUGAACACAAAGAAUGUAACUCAAACCCUCAUCUGGUCACUGAAUUUAGCUACAGAUUUGGCGGACACCAACGUUCUUUUACUCACUGUAACUAUCAGCGUGCUGGAUAAAUUCGGCAGACUACAUGCAUGUCGGGCUGUUCUCGAUUGUGCCUCACAUACCAGCUACAUCACUCGAGAAUUCUGCCAACAACUUCGCCUACCAACAGUACCGGUGGACUUCGAGUUUGGCGGCAUCUCAGGGGCAUCCGGACUCGCAACUGAAGGAGCUCUCAUCACAUUCGGCUCACGAUGCUCCGACUACCAAAACACCGUUUCCUGUGUUGUGCUGGACCGAAUAACUUCUGAACUACCUCUGAAGCCGGUUAACAUUACAGGCUGGCCUAUUCCACGCUCAAUUGUCAUGGCAGAUCCCCAGUUCCAUCACCCUGGUAAAAUCAGCAUGCUGCUCGGCAAUAAAAUAUUCUCUCAACUUCUCGAGCCUGGUAGUAUCAACCUCAGCUCCGAUGGCAGCCUACCGAUUCUUCUAAACACCAAACUUGGUUGGGUGGUCUCCGGUGGCUACAAAAACGACGUCCAAUCGAUCCCAUCCCCUCCUACACCAUCGUGCCUCUUAACCAUUACGGAUGAGACCCUUUCCACGCAGCUGCAACGGUUUUGGGAAAUUGAGGAAUAUCAACCGCCGAAAACACACUUGAGCAAUACAGAGGUUCAGUGUGAAAAGCAUUUCUCUCAACACACAACUCAUGAUGAAUUCGGUCGUUUCACUGUUCGUUUUCCAUUUAUUGAAAGGCCUGACCAGCUGGGAGAAUCCCGUGAGAUCGCAGCUAAUAGAUUUGCCCACUUAGAACGAAAACUCGAGAAGAAUCCCAUACUCCAAACUCAGUAUCACCAAUUCAUUCGAGAGUACAUCGACAUGGGUCAUAUGUCUCUCGCAUCAAAUGCGCCUCCCAAAACAGCUGUUUUUCUGCCUCAUCAUUGUGUUGUGAAGGCGGAUAGUAGCACCACAAAAUGCCGAGUGAUUUUCGAUGCGUCAGCAAAAACAAACAACAGGAAGUCCCUCAACGAUAUUUUGCUGGCGAGACCUGUAUUGCAAACUGCGCUCAUCAACAUUUCACUUCGGUUCAGAUUCCCCGCAGUUGUUGUUGCAGGGGACCUUCAAAAAAUGUAUCGGAUGGUUCAACUGUAUGAUGAUCAACGAGAUUUACAGCGAAUUUUAUGGCGUUGGUCUAGAUCAGAAACCUUAGCUGAGUACCGAUUGAAUACGGUAACAUACGGCACCAAAAGUGCAUCAUAUUUAGCUACCAAAUGCAUGCAACAAGUGCUUUUGGCAAACCAACAAAAAUAUCCCACUGCCGUGGAAAGGGCCCUUCAAGGAAUGUACGUCGACGACGUCUUGACCGGGACUGACUCUGAGGAAGAUGCUAAACUACUUCGCGAGCAGCUUGUCGAGAUUUUCGCUUCUGGCGGUUUUCAUCUUCGAAAAUUGGCAUCUAAUAGUACCGUCGCUCUUCAAGGAGUUCCCGAAAGUGAUCUCGAAAUCAAAGUUCCUCUUGAAAUCGACCCAACGAAUAUUAUCAAGGCUCUCGGAAUCCACUGGCAGCCGUGCAGCGACAUGUUCCAGUUCACGUAUCACCAAUCUAAGAUCCUUUAG